UCAGACUCACAACCACGCUAUUCCUCAAUCCGGAAUAACCAUACACAGGCUUAUAAAAAACAUUUACAUAAUUUACUACACUUCUUCUGCCUCAAAUUUUAUCAUGCUUUAAUUUAAUUAUACCAUUUAUUUGUUUUUGUAUUCAUUUUUCCUUAUUCUCAAAUAAUUAUAUUAUAGGUAGUUUGUAUUUCAGGUUAUCUCCAACAAGGAGCAACUAAAAUGGAAAUGAUGGAGACAUUAAUUGGACAUUCAUCUUACGAUGUCAAUUAUAUGGGUACACACGAUGAAGGAAAAACAAUAAAUAAAAAUAUGAAAGUUGCGACUGGACGAAGAUCUUACAAGUGUAAAAUUUGUUUUAAGCAGUUUACUACAACCAGUCAUUUGAAACGACAUUUAAGAGUGCACACUGGAGACAAUCCGUACAAGUGUGCUAUUUGUUAUAAGCAGUUUACUGAUAGAAAUAAUUUAACAACACAUUUGAGAGUGCACACUGGAGAGAAACCAUACAAGUGUGAAAUUUGUUUUAAACAAUUUAGUGAAGCAGGUAAUUUGAAAAGACAUUUGAGAGUGCACACUGGGGAGAAACCUUAUAAGUGUGAAAUUUGUUUUAAGCAGUUUACUACAAACACUGAUUUGAAAACACAUUUGACAGUGCACACUAGGGAGAAACCUUAUAAGUGUGAAAUUUGUUUCAAGCAGUAUACGCGAUCAAAAAAUUUGAAAACACAUUUGAGAGUGCAUAAUGGGGAAAAACCAUAUAAAUGUGAAAUUUGUUUUAAGCAGUUUACUACAGCCAGUCAUUUGAAACGACAUUUAAGAGUGCACACUGGAGACAAUCCGUACAAGUGUUCCAUUUGUUUUAAGCAGUGUACUGAUAGAAGUAAUUUAACAACACAUUUGAGAGUGCACACUGGAGAGAAACCAUACAAGUGUGAAAUUUGUUUUAAACAAUUUAGUGAAGCAGGUAAUUUGAAAAGACAUUUGAGAGUGCACACUGGGGAGAAACCUUAUAAGUGUGAAAUUUGUUUUAAGCAGUUUACUACAAACACUGAUUUGAAAACACAUUUGACAGUGCACACUGGGGAGAAACCUUAUAAGUGUGAAAUUUGUUUCAAGCAGUAUACGCGAUCAGAAAAUUUGAAAACACAUUUGAGAGUGCAUAAUGGGGAAAAACCUUAUAAAUGUGAAAUUUGUUUUAAGCAGUUUACUACAAAUACUUAUUUGAAAACACAUUUGAGAGUGCACACUGGUGAGAAACCUUAUAAGUGUGAAAUUUGUUUCAAACAGUUUCGCCAAGCAGAUAAUUUGAAAACACAUUUGAGAGUACAUACGGGGGAAAAACCUUAUAAGUGUGAAAUUUGUUUUAAGCAGUUUACUACAAAUACUUAUUUGAAAACACAUUUGAGAGUGCACACUGGUGAGAAACCUUAUAAGUGUGAAAUUUGUUUCAAGCAGUUUCGCCGAGCGGAUAAUUUGAAAACACAUUUGAGAGUACAUAGGGGGAAAAACCUUAUAAGUGUGAAAUUUGUUUUAAGCAGUUUAAGCAAUCAGAAAAUUUGAACACACAUUUGAGAGUGCAUACUGGUGAAAAACCUUACAAGUGUGAAAUUUGUUUUAAGCAGUUUAGUGGAGCAGGUAAUUUGAAGACAUUUGAGAGUGCACUCUGGCGAAACACCAUAAAAGUGUGAAAUUUGUUUUAAGAAGUUUACUACAGCAAAUUAUCUAAAAAUGCAUUUUUUGAGAGUGUGCACACUGGAGUUAAAUUGUGCAAGUGUAAAAUUUGUUUUAAGCAGUUUCUUACAGCAAGUAAUUUGAAAACGCAUUUGUGAGUACACACUGGAGAAAACCCUUACAAGAGUGAAAUUUGUUUUAAGCAGUUUAAUUUUAGCAAGUCAUUUGAAAACACAUUUGAGAGUGCACACUGGAGAAAAACUGUAUGAGCGUAAAAUUUGUUUUUUAUAUGUAUUUAAUUGUAAGUUCCGGAGUUGCUUGCCAACGUUACGUUGGACUGUCAACGUUGACGUAUGACAGGUAACCGGAAAAUGGAAGGAGGGUCAUCUCUCAUCUCUGUAUAAGAUAUUUUAUAAUAAAGUAGUCAAAGUAG